AUGUCUUUCAAAUAUUUUCAGCCAGAGGCAGAGAUAAGCAGCUACAACCUGCCCAACAUGCCGGACAGUGACGACAGCGGAGAAGAAACUAGCCAAGAGGAGCCGCUAAUCGCAAGCUGGAGUGAGCUGCCCAUCAUAGAGCGCGUCGGCCUCAAUAGUGUAGAGAUGUCAGAGAAGGAUUUGGAGACGGCUUUCUCUCAGAUCGCCUUGUCUCUCCGCUGUGAUCAGUACACCCUGAAGCAGAGGCUGCAGGCGGAGGAGCACGCCCGUAACCUGGCUGAGGAGAACAUCCAGCUAGAGCUGAGCAGAGGCAGGGAGACCCUGGAGAUACUGAAGAGCCUGUGUUUGGACAACAAGCGCAGCGAGAUCCUGCAGAAGCUGCAGCUGUCCCUGGACAUCCUCGGAGGCACCGUGGAACGGAUCUCUAACACAGCAGAGGUGCUCGGUGCCGUGCAUCAGGAGGCUCGAGUGAAUAGAGCAGUGGAACUCAUGGUGGCUCACGUGGAGCGCCUGAGGAGGCGAUAUGACAGAAAUCUAGCUGAGCUGGAAGAAGCCAGGAGGACGAUGAUGCAGCAGCAGCAGAGCUCC